AUGCCAGUAGUAAAAGGGCCUCCAGUGUUGAGCAAGGAAAAUACCGAGUCACUGGUAUCUCACGCCCUUAGAAGCUUUACCAGCCUGGACCAAAGGAACAAAGAGACUUCGCAGGACAAUCCCGUAAGAGACUAUGCGAGGAGUGGUGCCGAUAAAGGUGCAAUUGUGGGCGGCACUGUUGCUGGCGGAAUCAUCAUUUGCUUUGCAAUAUUUUUCGGUGUUCUCGUCCUCAAGAGAUGCCUUGUUCCUCAAGGAAGAAACAAUAACAGGAUAUUUGAUGAGAAACCUUUACGUCUAGGUACUGAGACACCAGGAACGAAGACCUCGGCUCACACUUCAUGGCGUCAGACGUUCAACCAUCGAAUAUCGGUCCCGUAUGCAGACUCUGUAUACUCUCAGGGAUCUCUCGGAGACACCGCAGCUGCCACCCAAAUGAGUAGGGCUUCUGCCCAACCAAUCCCGCUGCCUACUAUACCGCCAAAGGCUGCUCAGAUGUUGGGAGUUGAAAAUACGAAAUCGACAACACCGCUUGCAAAGACACCUCUGUCGUCACCUCGCUUGCCAAUUACACCUCUUUCGGAGAACUUUAUGCCAGAGACUCCUAUUCUUCAAUACUCUUCGUCCCAGACUUCUCCGAAGCAGAGUCCUCUACGAAGGAACCCUCCAUUGCUGCCCCCUCCGCAGAAUCCUCCUCCUCAAGGUCGGCUGCCGCCUGUCCCUACCCAUGAGCCACCAGCUAUUGGGGUGUCCAAGUCAUCCAGUAACCCCCGGGAUCGUACAUCCUCCGUCUGUACCAUGAGUACUCUUGGUAUGGAACUUCUCCACGAUGUGAUGCAACCCCGGGACUCAACCACAUUCAGCCCACCCCCUGGAAAGGCGACCUUCUUUCGUUCACCACGGCCAAUUUCAAAAACAAAUCAGCCGCCUCCGGUAGCCAUGAGAAAUUCCAAAGGGCAGAAUGCAGUGCCUGAUAGACGAUACUUUGUACCGUUGUUCAAGAACAAUGGACAGCUGCCGAGUCCGACAUCGCCUGACGAGGGAGUGCUUUCAGAACCAGGGGCAAGGAACAGAACGAAGAAUAUUACCAAUCUCAGGGCGGAAACAGUUUUAAGAGACUCUUCGAGGGCCGGGUUAUUCUCUCUCGGUUACAACAAGAUAUGA